GUAUUCAGUGUGGAGAAGUGUUUUUAGUUUAAUCUAGUGAUAAAACAAACUAUGACAGAUAAAGAAGAUGGCACCAAAAAACCCGAUACAGAACCUCUAGAUGAUGCAGCUUUAGAAAAACUAGCGGUUGAAGAGCUCAUGCGAGAGGCUGUCCAAGGCGCUGCACGAGCCGAAAUUGUAGGUCCCUCCGGUUGGAUCAAACCGACUCAACAAAAAACCAAUAAAAGAUUUCUUGUCAACACACUGCGGAGUACAGUGAACUCAAAUAAGCAUUAUAACACGCGAAGCAGCUACCGAAAUUCCAACACUCGAUCCCCAAAACGCGAUCGGCACCCAGAACCUGCAAUUAAGAAAGAUAGGUCUAAGAAAAAAUAUUAAAAUGUCAGAUUAUAAUAUA